UCGUGACACUGUGGUGUGAUGGAAUUCAAGAGUGGUCGAACUGAAUGAUCGUUUCUUGUGUUCAUAUACGCAUUGUAGUGUUCGUUUUAAUCGCUUCAGAAUGUUCCAUAUCAUCUGUCAACAAUUCGAACUCGUAAAGAACACACAUGUUCGUCCAUGGAAGUUUAAUGUGAAACACAGCGGUACAACGAACGUUUUGUAAUCUCCCGUGUGAAAUCUUUGUAACAAAGAGUGGUUUGCCAAAUUCUACUUAAAAUGGCGUUCCGUGUUUGACGACGAAAAAAUUAUAUUCGCUCUUAAACCGUCGAAUUUGGAAGCACAGGUUUGAUUACAAUCGUUUGAAAUACUUCAUAUGUUUACACAGAAGCCGUUAUGAGCUGGGUUCUCUCUCCUUCGAUUGUGUACUUAGGCUGCCAUAUGCUUUGUUUUAAUUGAUUUCAUUUCGUAUUCUGUAUGCAAUCAUUGUUUUCAAGGUAUUAACUAAUGUACGUCAUUUAGUGGUUAAAUAACUUAUAAUUGUACCGUGGAAGAAAUUUUAUAAACCAGAUUUGUGUUUGAGUUCGGGAAAGACGGGAAGCUUCGGCUUGGUAAGGCUAUUAACUUCAGGUUAUAAAUAAUGUUGAAUUAGCACUAGUGUGGUUCAUUAAGAAGAAUUUAGAUGCAAAUUACUCGUAGAACAUCAAUAAUAGUCAGAUUGAAGUCAUAUAAAUCAUGGCCGAUUCGGGUCAAAAACUACAUUGAAUAGAAACAAACCAAGGUCGUGUAUUCGCUGACGACUUUGGUCAGCGCUUGUUAUAUGAUUAGUUGACUGACUGGUUUUGACUCUGUUGAAAUUCUUUGUGUGAUAACGACUAAUAGCCAGUAAUAGGAUACAAGGGCAGGGCAGAAUCCUUGGCUUUUUUACAGUUGCAGAAUUCUUUAAUAAGUAUGCGAACGAGUAUUAGCCGUCGGACCUUGUUGAUGUACAAUUCGGUCAAGACUUCUCGCCAUUACUGUUUACUACCAAGUCAAAAGAACAGAAAAACCGCUCAAGUACGUCACUUCCGGUAGCAGUAAAUGAAAAGUUCUAAAAUAUUCAGAUGCAGAGGUUUAUGAUUUUGUAAGCGAUGUCUAGACAGGAAUGUUUGAAUAAGUUUCUUAGUAUAACCUCGGGGCAAGUUCUUCAAAUAUCUGUGGAGUUCAAACUUCCGAGUGCUUCAUACAAACGCCGGCUCAUUAGCGAAAAUCAAAGAUUUUCAGAAUCAUGAGAUUUGAAAGAGAACCGCUCUUUAGCGGAAUCGAAACAGCCGAGUGAGCAUAAAAAUAUCUUCAGAGAUUUCUGAGCAAUAAAAAGUUCUUACUUUGGUUGGUAUCCGACCUUAGUAAUUUGAAGUGUUAACUUCCUAGCUUGUGAAGAGAUUAACGAUGACUGAAUUACGAGGAAAAAGCCUUAUGUCACGUUCGCUUUUCGCGCAACUGGUGAUCCAUGACUGCAGGAGAGGAUUCGGAAGGGUGUGAAAUGCUUUCGCGCCUUGCUUUUACAUGUAAAAUGUGUGGGUGAUCAAUUAUUUUCUGGUAGUCAGCACAGCUGUACCUCGUGCAUCUCCUACUGUACUGUCGUGAUUUCAAACAGUGCCAUGAGAGACGGUUGACAAAUUAAAACGAAAGCAAGCAGCGCGCAAACCAUGUCGUCUUCGUCGCAGGGUACUUUCAGAAGCCGGAGUAAGACUCUGCCUCUACCAGCCAGGGCGAAGGUCGAGAAAAACAUUGCACAGGAAUCGAAAUCAAGGUCGCCUCUCCCCUUCAGAAGAUUGGCAGAUUUGUUGAAAAGGAAAAAAAAGCGUGGAAAAGGAGAUGCGGAUUCAUUGAACUCCUUGCCAUUAGAAAGACAAUCGUGGUAUCAUGGCAAAAUCACCGCAGACUUUGCGGAGCGUUACCUGCGCCGUGAUGGCAACUUUUUGGUUCGUGAGGAUCCAGCCAAGCCUGGAAGCUGCUUCAUUGUGGUGCGACACAAACGGUCGCCUCUUCACAUACCUUUAUGCAAGGUCAACUCGUCGAAAGGAACGAGAAUUAAGUAUAGACUGGAAGAUUCCGACAACAGUUUUGAUUCCAUAGCUGAAUUAAUCAACUAUCAUAUCACCCAAAAGAAACCAUUAUCAAAUACUUCAGCCAUUAUCACCCACGCCGUCAGUAGAGACGCAACUCUGUUAUCUGCUGACGAUUUGAAAAGUCUUAAUGCAAAUCAGCAAAAUAGAUAUGUCUCCAAUACUGGCCCUUCCAAUCUUUGUCCACCGAAACCACCCGGGACUGGGCCUUUGCGACAAAAGAACAUCGACAAGAUGGGCCGCAAGAACAGUGACCCAGGGUUGCAUCUUGAGAUUAAUCACAAUGGAAAUAAAAGUCGACAUUUUACGGUCGGCUCCUUGGAGAAAAGUGGUCUUCCUUUAUCGCCUGAAAAUCUACCAUGGACAGUUCAAUCGAAACAACGUGAGAAAAUUCCAGAAGCGUUCCUUGCAAAGUCCACUAAAGAGGAAAAUAUUUCAGAAAGGUUCUACGAAACGACACUGGGAGAAAACGAAAAGGAGAAUGAAAAGGACGUUUUUGAAGACCUAGAUCAUUUUUAUGAGGAUCCUAACAAGAAGGACAAUUUGGGCACCUAUUAUGACAAACCAAGUGAAAAUGAAAGUGCUUCGAUGUCAAUUGAUGAAGGGAAUAGAAAGGGAAACUGUGUGAAACAAAACGAGGGGGAGAACGUUGAUAGCUGUUACGACAAACCCGUUGAAGACUGUUGUAAUGGAGAUUUCUACGAUACGCCGUCAACUGUGGAAAAUUCUGUAGAAUUUUAUGACAAACCGUCUAAGCAAUUCAGCCUAGCUAGCCUGUCUGAUAACAACACAGAGGGCCGGGAGAAUCUUCUUUAUGACCAGCCAAGAGGAAGCAGCGAUGGUUUGUAUGACAGACCCAAGGGAAGCGACGAAAACGUUUACGACAAACCCCCAGCUAAGCCGAAAAGAAUGGAAUCAUUUCGUAACUCGGAUCCAACAGUGUCCGAGAAAGUCAACAAGCUCCGUCCUCAAUUGAAGACAAGAUCCAGCGCGCCUGCAUUGCGAACUUUCACAGGGCUGCCUUCGGGUGGCCGCUCAGAGUCACGUUUUAACGCUCUCCCAGAGAAAAGGCAUUCAGGUGCUGAGCUAUUGAUGAGGCAUGCAACGUCUGGCGCGAUGGCGUCUGAUGGGAUAAACGCAGAGGCGGACGCCUGCUACGAUACUCCUCCAUCAAGAUCAAACAACAGUCCAUCCUCGUCUGGAUCUGACUUUGGCUCGCUUGCAAACCAAGAGAUAUACGACGUACCAACAGACUUAGGUUCCUCAUCAGAGCAGGUGCUGUCCUCAAAUUCAACCUCCGACAUCAGUGAUAAGACUCAGAAUACUAAGGAUAAAGAAGACAAGUCCCCGCGCAUGCCCAUGGAUAAAAAGGGAAUAUUUUUAAAUGUGAUGAAGAAAAUAGGCGAAAAACUGCUUUUGCCGUUUUUGGAGAGCGAUUGCCUCAGCCUUGCUAGACAUAUGACUCGUGUGGAUCUCGUAUUUCAGUGGGGCGAGGAACCGCAUCGCCAAUCUUGGUCCAUCGAGGAUGGUACUGGAGGAGCCAAAGGACUGGAGCUUCUUACGCUCCCUCAAGGAAGGGACAAAAGGGCCCAGUUACUGGCAAGAUUUGCUAACGUGACACACUGGGUGGCGACCUUGGUUGUGGCAGCGGGUGACCUUGGUACCAGAGGUAAAGUGCUCAGUAAGCUGAUAGAGCUUGCUGACGUACUGAGCGAUAAACUUGGCAAUCUCGUUUCCUUCAUGGCUAUCAUGGAAGGACUUGCCUUACCACAGGUAACACGGCUUCACCACACGUGGUCAUGCCUCCAUCACCAGAGCUGCUCCACAGCAAUACUCUACCACAGCACCCUCAAGCCAUUAGCUGGGCUCUUAAGCUCGGGGGCCCCUAGCCCUUUUCCCGGAGUGUGCUUACCUUACAUCAUUCCCUUGGUAAGAUACAUGGAGAUGACCCCAGAUGAAAUUCUCAACGACUGGGCACACGCUGAGGUGGACCUCGGAUUAGACACCAUUAUAGCCCACUUGGACUCUGGGCGCACUCUCACACAACAACUUGACGAGUUCCGUCGGGAGGCUGUUGCUCGGCUUCAGACUGACGAGUACAUCGUGGAUUGUAAGCUCUUGGAGUAUUUUCGAGAAAGGUUAAAUGUGGGGAAUGUGUUAGGGCUUGGCCCUGAUCCAACAAACAAGACAAACAAAUUAAGAACCUUGCUACAAUGGCUUUCGGAAAAUGCAGAACAUUCUACAAGUACCGAAACCUCAGGAGCUGUAUAGAGAAACGGACUUCAAACGCACACAAACACGAAUAAAAUACUUAGAGUGAUCCGUAUAACCGAUUUUAAAAAUGAUUUCCAGUCCGUACUGCGAAGUCUCGGCACCCUAAUGUUUAUAAACAUGCAAAACCUCACUCG